UGCGCGCUGCCGGCGGACUCGCAAAGGUAGAAAAUGGCGAGUUCGUGCAGACGACGGAUUUGCAGCAACGAGAAGCACGGCGUUCGUCAGGACCAGGAUUCGUGGCGGUCAAAUCUCAUUGAUUGUGUGGGUGUUCAGAAGAUCUUGGAUUUACUUGAGACAAGAUUUUUAGAGGACCUAAGUCAGUUAAAAGAUUAUAAGCCUGCAAGUGUGUCAGAUUGGUCAUUUGAUGAAAAUUGUCUUUUCUGCUGCUUAAGACGAGAGAAAGUGAAGGAACAUGUAAUUGCACUCAAUGACAAAUUUGUGGAAAGUGGAGGCAAACCUUUACUUGGCAAGGAUCACUGUAAUAUCAGCAUACUUGAGUGGCAGGUAGAAGAAUUCCUCAAUGCGGUCUUGCACAGGAAAGAAUACACACCAAGGAUCCCGGAUCCUCACAUCCCUGUGGUGGCUUGCAAUACCAUGCAACAAAUGAUCAAUCGCUUAGCAGCGCAUUAUACCUCAAAUAUCAACUCUCAGGAUUCACCUCAGCACAAUGGCACGGAUCAGAGUCCGCUGAAAACUCACUUUAGCACAUCACCUAGCGUUGUUGCAUCACCCACAGCUGCUGCCUCUACUCAGAAUCCUGUCCUCAGUAAGCUCCUCAUGGAAGACCAAGAUGCACCUCUGGACCUUUCAUUCAAGAAGGUCCAGCCAGAAGCCAAAGAUCAAGAUUGUGUUCUUGAUCUUUCAAUUAAGAAGAACCGUAAUCCAGAUAGCAUGCUCAUCAGAAGCCCUGUGAAUUUGACGACGCCCAUUUUGAGGAGGCAAGCUUCAGAUUCAGGUUUGGCUAAAGCAAAGGAUCAUCAUUCAUCAUCCACAUUAGGACAGUUCAUGGCUAAGCUAUGUUCGCAUCACCAGCGACAGAUUGUUGACGCGUUUGGAUUCUUGCAAACUGAAGUGAAGGCCGUGACAUCCGCCAGUGACGUGCAACUGUCCUCCCCAGCAGUCACAGAAAAACCAACAGGCUCAGACUGCACCGAAGAAGUGUUUGAGAUCCAAGGUACUGGAGAAAUUUUGCCUGUAGGAAGAGACAAGAAUGGGUGCCAAGAGUCGCCUGUUUCCAAAAAUACCGAAGUUCCCCCUGAAGAACAGCUCAUAAAAAACUAUCAGCCAUCGAUUGCAUUAAUCAAGAACGUAUCAUCUUUAGAUAUUUCUCAGACAGAUAUGGAAGUUAAUGAUAAUGACACUGUUGAUUAUGUUAAUGUUAAAAGUAGGAGUACAAACAUUGAGCCUAAGUGUCCAACGCUACUGAUUGUGAAAAACAACCUUGGAAACCUGGAAGCGAAAAAGUUGUCCGAAGUGAACUCGAUCAUUCAAGUAGCUAAUGAUGGUACUUUAAAAGAGGGCUCGUGUGCUUCUGAGACACAGUCUCACACACAUGGCAAUGAUCAUAUUAGUUUGCUGUCUACAUGUUCUACAAGUCAUGGAAACACUGACCCUAAAUGCCUUCCAGUUCAUAGCAGUGAUACACAUGUUAAACCAUGCUCGGCUCAAAGGACUUCAAACAUUUCAUCGAAUUCCUCAAGAACAGCUAAGAAAAGUAGCAAAGGCUCACACUCUCGACUCAAUAAGUCAAUAAGUAACAAUGGAAAUGAUCCUGACAGUAAAAAUGACAUUGUCUAUGUAGGGAAAUAUGAAUCUGAACUUAAGCCUCAAUCACAGAACCAUGUGUUUCCAAAGAAAAAUGCUAGAAAAAGCACAAGAGGACAUUUGAAUGUGGGGGAUGGCUGUGAGGUAAAAACAGUUCGAACAUUAGUACCCAAAUCUGCCGCUAACGGUAGGGGGAAUUAUCCUGUUCCAAUGCCAGAAAUAACAACGUCGAUCACCCCAAAGCAGGCUCUUGCCAGACCCGAUGGCUUACCUGCUAUGACUGUACCUUUUACCGGGGAUUGUAUGGAAACUGUGAUGAACCAAAACCUAUCUGAUCAAUCAGUGGUGACAGAAUUGCCUGGAGAUGUUGUUGAAAUAACAAGUGAAGAUUUGAUUGUAGAGCCUAGUCAAACAGGUCAAACCUUUCCAAAUGAAGAGUGUGAUCAAUAUGUGCAGGAUGACUCUAAUUUUGGUGUACAUGACGUCUUGGACAGCAGCGACGCAGCUCCUAAUUCUACCAUAGCAGAAGAAAUAACUGAAGAAAUAGAAGUUGCAGCAAAAAAUAUUGAUUCUCCUGAAUCAAAUCUAAUAGUAAGUGAGUUAGAAACAGAGGUUCAGGGUCAGAAUGCAGGGACAGAAGUAUUGUUAAGCACAGACUCAUCAAACAUAGAUACUAAUACAUCUGGGGCAGAAGAUAUGAAAGUAGAAAGUGAUUUAAAAGAUGAAAAUACUGCCAAGUGCGAUUUCUUAGAGCAGAUGAAAUGCCCACAAAACCAGGUAAUGACGUGUACGAAUCACGGCACAGUGUUACAAAAGACUUGUGAAAGUGAAGCAAAUGUCAAAGCAUUGGAUUCUAUGAAUCCCGAUAAAGUGGAGUCCAUCUCUGAUCUAGUAGUUGAGGAACCUUUAAAAGAACAACUUGAAGAAUGCAGGGAAGUUAUAUCUGAAAGUUUUGUUACAAAAAAAGGUUUUGCAAAACACACCCUCCCUUCAGAUCGGUGUUUGCGAAGUGGAGCCUCCAAAGGUAUAUCUGAACAAACCACUGUCUCUAAUAUAUCAGAUCAGACAAAACAUGAUAUCCAUGAAGAAAACAUUCCAGACUCUAAACAGUCAUUGCUUUUGUCGAAAUUAAAGCAUACUGAGGAAAACAUGCCUUGUCAGGAUGGUCAGUGUAAUUUAGUCACAGAUUUUAAUCCUGAGAAAGCACAACAGUCUCCAUCGGUCAACCAGGUUGAAUGUAUAGAUAAAGUGUGCACAAGACAAAAGCAGAAACGAAUGAUGUUGAAGGAAACCGAGUCUGACAAAGAGCAGAAGGUCCAAGAGCUCCCAAACCCAAAUGUUGAGCUUAAAGGACAAGGGGGUUCAGUGAAUGAUGGUCCUGAGAAUGAGAUGAAUACUCUUGAGAAUGGUGAAUCUUGUGGGAAAAACAGCCCUGGAAAAUCCAUAAAGGUAUCUGAAAGAAUGCCUCUUAGGAAAAGGAGUAGUCAUACUGAGCAUUCGGGUAACAAUGACUCCAGUUUACCUAGCAAAAAUUUUCCUCACACCCCUGAACGAAUGCCAUUGAGAAUGAGGAAUAACGUUGGUGUUAAUCAACCUGCGGAAGGAGGUUCUUGCAAGUCCCCCAAUGCAGGCCCUGUAGAGAAGCCUGGACGAAUGCCUUUGAGAAAUAGGAAUAGUGGUUUGGCCGAGCAGACUGUUAACAAAGAUUCCCCAAAUCCGAACAGUUUAGACAGUAUGACACGCAUGCCUUUGCGAAGCAGAAACAGUAGUGCAGUCAGCCAACAUGCCAAUGAAGUUUCCACGGAUGUGAUUAAGGGUACAUUAGGCACCAUCACCGAACAACCCAGUGGUGAGAGUGUUACCUCUAAGAAAUCUGCAAGCUCUGGACACAUGCCUCUAAGAAGUGGAAGUGGUCUGACAGCAGAACAGUCAUCCAGCUGUGGUUCAUUUACUCCAGACACUGUAACUGUCGCAGAGAGCCCUGGACGCAUGUCGUUGAGAAGGAGUAAUACUUUAGAUGCUGAAAAGCAGGAUUGUUUACCAACACCACCCAAAAAUAAAAAGCUUUCUCCAAAACUUCAGAAGAUGUCUAGAACAUCUGUACUGUCCAUAGUUCAUACGGGAGAACACAACAUGAAUGCUAGCAUCAAGGCUGUUAAACAUUUUAAUGACCAAACAAAAGUAUCUUCUGUACCAGAUUUAUUUAUUCCACUAAACCCACCAACCACCAGUCCUUUAAUCCCCAGUCCAUGCAAGUUUUUGGAGGCUUUAAAUGGGGAAGCAAACCAACAUUUAAUUUCAGAUUUAAAUAGCAAAUUUGAUAAGAUGCAAAAAGGCUGGGUUCAAAUGGACAAAGAGGGGCAGCCUGCACCGAAACCAAAGAACAAGGCAGACAGACUAAAGGAAAUAUGGAAAAGCAAACGGAGAAUUAGGAAACCUAGGUCGUUGGAGCAGCACAAGUUUUCUCCUGUGCAAAUGCUAUUUAUGAAGUCCUUUGACCUUCCUAAUAUCUGUCGCUGGUUCUUGCAGUCCACGGAAACACAAUCUCUUGUUAUUGUAAAACAAGUGAACACAAGGCUUCCUUCUGAGACGCAGUUGGGUUUUCAAACCUUACCUUCUGUGCCAGAGUCUUCGGAUUGUGUAUUCCCAAGUCUACAGGCUGAACGUUUAAAAAAGCACCUGAAAAAGUUUGCCAUUGCAUCCCCUGUGAAGAGCAACGCCAGGAAUAAAAGGCUAAUUGCUAAAGCGUUGGCCCAGGGGAUCUGCAAGGGCAAGGAAAAACGAGAAUCUAGAACUGCAACUCGGAUCUCUUCAAAGCCACAGAGCUCUCCUGGUUUGACACAGACACAGUCUGUUGAGAGCCACAGCAAGGUUGCUGCAAGUGCAAAAAAUCCAACAAGUGCAAAAAAUCCAGCAAGUGCAAGAAUUCUGCGGAAAUAUUCCAACAUGCGUGAGAAAAAACAAGUCCAACAAGAAAAACUGUCCACAAGGAGCGGACAAAAAUCAGCCAUGGUCAAAGUGAACCAAUUGCCUAAAAAAGCAAAACCAUCUGCUGUGAAAAAGAAAAUGCCAAAAGGUGCUGGUAGAGGGUUGGAGAAAAAUGAAAAAGGUGGAAUUUCUCCAAAGAGGGGGCUUACCAGAGUGUUUAAAUCUAAGCGUUUAUCUGCCUCCAAAACCACAAGUAAAGAAGUCAUCCUGGUGAAAACUGUAAAGUCACCUCAAACAAAAACUGACAAUAAGAAAUCACCUCUUCAUAAAGGUUCUGAAAGUUUAUCGCCUCCGUCUCAUAUUAUGGACAUGAAACCUCUGUUAUCAGAGGAUCAGGUGCUCACAAGGUCUCAAAGAAAGAUGGAAGCCACACUUGCACAAACAGGAUCUCCAAAAACCUCAGCAAAAAGAGGCAUGGAAAGCUCAGCUACGUUAGCGAAGCGUACAAGGACAUCGAAGUGAUGCUGAAAGCUAGUAAUAGAAUGAAGACUGCUCGUGCAGAUGCGUAAUGGUAUUUUUACAAAUGACGGGUGUUUGUUCCCGGAAGCAAGGUGGCUUGCACAGCUUUGUUAUAAAAGGAGCAUAACUAAAAGCAGUUCAUCCCUGUCGUCUUUUGUGUAGCUCAAUGACAUCAGAGGUGUGCAGAAAUUCUCCAUAAUGUCCAGCAGCAAAUGGAAAAUGUUCAAUAGUACGCAUUUUUAUAUUAGCAUUAGUGAUGUCACUUAGUCUUUAUUCAAGUAUUUAGUGUGUUGCACUUGACGGUCAUUCUGUCCAUUAUACAAUGUAGUGUGCCCUGGUUGCCUAGACGUUCACUACCAAUUGACUGACUCCAUUAACGCCAAUUAACUUUAGCCAUCACCAUUUAGAGCAGGUUUUGUGUCAUUGAUAAUGUGCCUUAUUAAGUAACAGACUGUUUUCUUAAACCAUGGAAUCCUCCCUACUGCACAUGUUCUUUUGUUUAAAGGUAUCCUUAUGCCCAAGGUAUAUCUAUAAGCUCCGUUUCUACGUAUUUCAUCUUUUAAGCAUUUAAACUCAUUUCUGUAUUUCUUAUUUAGGUUUUCUGUAUUUUAAGGAUAUUCACGGAGCAUUAAACUUUGUAAUUUUUUUGUUGGAAAUACUUGAUCAUUCUGGAAAUCUGUUUUGUUACUGUGAUAUGUCAUAUUUUGAGUUAUACCUGUUACUUGUUGCCUUAAUUGUGCUUGCUCCAUUAUCUCAUUUCGUGCUGCUGAUCAGCUAAAUUAAAACUGUAAAAUGGGGAUGUCAUAACAUUACAGCUUAAUAUAACUCACUAUAACUUAUAAAUCAUCAGCUCAGUGGCUUGUCAUAAUGGAAAUGCAUUAUUUUGUUUGCUCAGUCAACAGGCUUUGCUGUCUAACGAAUAUUUGUUUAGCUAAUAUUUGGAACCUUCAUGCAGGUUUUUACUUUCGCUUUGUUGUUCUUCAAAAGACAGAAAAGUACAAAUCAUGUAUCUGUUCAUAAACUGUGUGCGCAGUAAAUGAUUGUGACUUUUUGGAUUCCUGAACCCGUAAUUGACCCGAGAGAAGAACAGGAAGAUCCUUAUGUGCAGAAGUGUUGACUUUUGUGUUUCUCUGAAUUUGAAGUCUAUGCAUGCUAGGUGAUGUGCCUCAGAGUAUCUUCUUCAGAUAUUUCUUGAAAGGUUUACUCUUUCAAUACAGAUACUUUGACCAAAAUGAAAAUGUGACUAAUAAUUGAAGGCAGAUGUCCAGUUAUUACAGUUGUGAACAAACCGUUUGCUUUGAGUGCUGGAGUUGGACUGAAUGUCAUCUGGACAAACAUGUGAAACUUUUAAUUGUCUACCGUUUAAAGCUAUUUAAAAAAAAAAAGCAAAAAAAAAAAAACUAUGCUGCCUUUGGCAAAUUUAUUUACUCUAAUUAUGGGAUUGAACAUAAUUUUGUAUUUUGGGGAGGUAGUAGGUGGAGGUUGUUUGUCAGUUCAGUCUAUUAAUGUUAUACCUUAGCACAAUUUGUACUUGUUUUUUUCCUUUUAAGUAAUAUCUUGUAAAUGCAAAGGUAUACUGCUUUAGAGUUUUAAUUGAUAUUUAAUGUUACCAUGGGUAUCAUUGAUGACGUUUGAUUUACCCACCAAAUACCAGACUUGAACAUUUUACUUUACUAUUGAUAUUUAUAGUUGUUUUUUUUUUUUUUUUUGCUUUGUAUAUUUGAAAAGAGAGCACAGGUGUAUUUGUGUAAUGUUGAGUUCCUGCUAAAACUGGUAUAAAUUGUUUGAAUUCAA